AUGGAAACAUCCUCGAUGCGCGCCGAGGUCACCUCCUCCAAAGUCGUGCAUGAGGGUGGAACUGAUGACAGCAGAGCAGUGGUGAAAAAGUUGAGUGUGGAGAAAGUGUUGGGAGUGCUUCCUGCUGCCUCUGGCAUCACCAAUGCCACUCUGCUUGAAUCAUCUCAUUUUGCCUUAUCUGAGGAGCUCCUCCCAAGGAUUUCACUCACUCUCACAAAGUGUGAAGGGAAGCUGGAAGCGAUUGAAAAACUUUUGAAUGAGCCUGAUGUGACGGCAUUGGAGAUAUACAUCCAGGUGAUUGCGAGCUGCCUGCGACCAUUGCGGCUGUUGCAAAGGAACAUGUCUUCUAUGGAUGAAGUUGAAGAAAGUCUGAGGGAGAUCCACACCUCCCUUGACAGAAUCAUCUCUGAUUGGGAGGAAGUGUCAUACAAGUCAGACAAGGAGGAGAUGAAGCAAAGCCUCCAAUCCUUCCAGGAAGGAGUGAAAGAAUUAAAGGAUCAGGUCCUUAGAUUUGAUGACCAUUCCAGCCAUGAGGAGGUGGAGGAACAAGAAGAUAUAAUCUCUGUCAGGAAUGAAGAAGGAUUGGAAAAGGGGAAGAAAAGGAAAGGGAAGGACCUUUCCCUUUCUGCUAGGGAGAGGGAGAAAGUGGCCAAGAUGAAGAUGGAGUCAUUAGAGAGGGCAGGCAAAGAAGUCAAUCUGGCUAGGAAUCUCAAAUCUUACCUGGAAGUCUGUGUAGCACCAGUGUGCCCACCAGAGUGUGCUCAACCUGUGAGAGUUUGUGUAUUCCUGGAGUUCGUGAAGAGUGAAAAGGGCAAGGAUCUUCUUGUUCUUGAGGGCUAUCUACUCACACAGAAAAAGAUGAGCAAGGAUGGACAAAGAAUGUAUUGGGAGUGCCUCUAUAGAAGAUACAAAGGAAACUGCAAUUUCAGAGCUACAACUGAAGGAGAGCAGUAUGUCAGCAGGAUUCCAUCAUCAGCAAAGAGAAGCAUUUUCAACAACCUCAACAUUGCUGAUAUUGAUCCCCUUCAGGACUGGACUAUACUGACUAAUCCUGUCCUUGUACAUGAGGAACAGAUCCACAUUGGGAAGGCAGGGAAAGCAAAGUCAACAUUGGUCCAUUAUGUGAACAAGGCAAAAGUGGAUCCUCAUGCAAUUCCAAUCAGAGGUGUUCAACUCUUCAAUAUUGUUCUUCAUGCUCUGGCUUCCAAGGGGGAUGUGGAUGGGGUGAGGGAGGUGAUGCAAAUGAUGGCUGAAGAGAAGAUCUCCCUGACUGAGGAGACUUUUAUUGCUGCCCUCCUCAGCAUAGCAGUGAAGAACCCCAAGAACAAGUUAGAACAAGUGACAGAGAUUUUGGACCACAUGCACCGUCAUGGUUUGGAUGUGGAAGCCCUCUUUCAAGAUCACAAGUUGAUGGUGGAAGACCAGGAAAGGAUACUGGAAGCAAUUUGUUGUGUAAGACCAGGGUUCCAUCCACUGACAGGGACACAGGACAAGUCCUACUCUUGUCAGCUCCUUCAUACUCUGAACAACCCAUCUCAUAAACUGAUGACAUCACCAGCAGAGGGAGUGAUGACAGUGGAGGAGCUGGAGAAGGGAUUGAAGGAACAGCUGGAAUUGGAGCUUAGUGGACAAAUUAGCAUCAAGUCUGUUGAAGCCAAACCUUCUCCUAGCCAUCUUACACUCCUAUAUAGGACAAGAUUGAAGGAGUGUGAGGAGAAGUGGAGAAGAGACUUGCGCAAGAGCUUCAUGAAUGGAGUUGGGGUGUUGGAACUCCGACACAAGGCACAUCCUGUAUGGAGUCGCUCUAUAUCAAUUCUGCCCUAUCUCCACGUCCUUUCUCCAGAUUCCUAUGUUGACAUUAUGAUCCAGGAGAUCCAUCGACUGGCAGAAGGCUCAGAAACGUUCAGUCCUUCCACACAUAUCCUCUACAAGAGCAUUGCUGCUAAAGUCAUGCACAGGUACAAGAUCCAAGAGUGUGAGCGUUAUGGUGUUGUGGACAGCCUCAGGAACUUCUACACUGCAUAUUCUAAGUUCUAUCUGGAUUCACAUGAAUGCAGGCAAAAACUGCCUCGAGAAUUCUGGCAGGAAGCCCUAGAACAGAAGAGAACUUUAUUUGACCUGGGAGAGAGGAGUUGGCCACCUGGAAUCCUCUAUUCCAUUGGAAAGUUCCUUUAUUCCCUCAUGAUGAGGGAAGUGAAGUUUGAUGCUUUCAUUCUGAAGAAAGGGAAAUCCAUGCUCAAACAGGAGGUCCCAGCAUUCUACUCCAUCUUCCGGCGGCAAGGUCACAUGACCAAAGAGGAGGUGAAGACUCAUCCAACAUUGAUGAAGUUAUAUCGUGGUGCCAGCCUGGAUGAUCUGACAUUUGACGCCCAGGUUGCUCCCAUGCUCUGUCCUCCUCUCCCUUGGAUCUCCCACACCACUGGCGGGUUCCUCCUCUCCUCUGCCCCACUCAUCAGGUUACCAUUUGGAGCACGAGCACAGAUGUCUCAGCUAGAGCAAACCCCUGUGAGGAAUCUCUAUCCUGUCCUGGAUUCACUCAAUCAACUUGGCUCUAUCCCAUGGAUUGUAAAUGACAAAGUACUAAAUGUGGUGGUUGAUGUGUUUAACAAGAAAGGAGAUGAGAAGUUAGAGGUUCCCCCUCCUCCAUCAGAAUGCCCCCCAUUGCCUUCUUUUUCAUCUGCAACAACAAAGCAAGAAAGACACCACAUACAUCGUCAGCGUCUCGCAUUGCAGAGAAAGAAGGCUGAGAUGUUCAGCCUAUGGUGUGAUGCCCUCUACAAGCUUUCCAUUGCCCAUCAUUUUCGAGGUCGAGUGAUUUGGUUCCCAUAUAACAUGGACUUCCGUGGCCGGGUCUACCCUUGCCCUCCACAUUUCAACCACCUGGGAGCUGAUCUCACGCGCUCCCUUCUUCUUUUUGCCCAGGGAAAACCCCUUGGAGAUCAGGGUCUCAACUGGCUGAAGAUUCAUGUGGUAAACCUCACAGGGAAGAAGAAGAGGUCCCCGAUAUCAGAAAGGUUGGCACAUGCUAAUGAGGUUAUGCCAGAGAUCCUGGACUCUGCUGAGAAUCCCCUUUCUGGAAGACGAUGGUGGAUGGAGAGUGAGGAGCCAUGGCAGACACUGGCAGCAUGCAUGGAGCUGCGGGAGGCUUUGAUGAGCCCCAAUCCCUCAGAGUACAUAUCCCAUCUCCCCAUUCAUCAAGAUGGGUCCUGCAAUGGCCUUCAGCACUAUGCCGCCCUUGGUCGAGAUCUCCAGGGAGCUCAGAGUGUCAAUCUUGCCCCCCUUCCAAACCCUCAGGAUGUUUACAGUGAUGUUGCUGCAAUUGUGGAACGAGAGAGGGCAAAAGAUGCCAAGGAAGGGGUGGUGACAGCAAAAGUCCUAGAAGGAUUUGUGAGAAGAAAGGUUAUAAAGCAGACCAUUAUGACCACCGUGUAUGGUGUGACUCGCUUUGGUGCCCGGCUUCAAAUCGCCAAACAGCUCAAAGAUAUAGAGGAGUUCCCACAGGAGCAUCAGUGGGCAGCAUCCUACUACCUUGUCCAGAAGACCUUCCUCAGCCUCCAGGAGAUGUUUACUGCCACCAGACACAUCCAGGACUGGCUGACGGAGUGUGCUCGUCUGAUCUCGGCAGUUUGUGGACAAAGUGUAGAAUGGGUGACUCCACUGGGAUUCCCCAUCAUCCAACCCUAUCAUCGAGGGCUCCUCCGAGGAUUUUCCUUGGCAUCCCUCGAUGCACUCCGAUCCAUCCCCUUCUACUCUAUGGAUGCCUAUGAGCGUCCAAACGUGAUGAAACAGAAGAAUGCAUUCCCACCCAACUUCAUCCAUUCUCUGGACUCGUGUCACAUGAUGCUCACAUCACUCUUCUGUCAGAGCCAGGGCCUCUCAUUUGUCUCCAUCCAUGAUUGUUUUUGGACCCAUGCAUCCACUGUGGACCGCAUGAACCAGAUAUGUCGGGAGCAGUUUGUUGCUCUUCAUUCUGAGCCUAUCUUAGAAGACCUCAGUAGAUACCUGAUUGAGAAGUACAGCUACAGUGAUGGGGAGUUUGUGGGGGAUGGGUCAGUGGUAGAGAUGGCCAAGAGGAAGUUGAACCGUGUUCUCCACCAGGUCCCUGCCAAGGGCUCCUUCAACCUCCAAGAUGUCCUUCACUCCACCUACUUCUUCUCCUGACUUUCCCCUCUAGUCCUCCUUAGCAUGAACGAGGUAGUUGAUAUUUUUUUUUGUUACAAAUAAAGUUUGAAGAUUAUGC